AUGACGAUUCGUGCGGUAAAGUUCUCGCCCGAGGUCCUCCUCGAAGCUCCAAGACGCUCUGCCGCUGUCCCCAACGCUACUGGAAGUCUGGCAGUCUACACGCAAACCACGUACUCGUUCGAAUCGCAUUCGAGAACCAGUGAAAUCCGUGUCAUCGAUAUCGCCACUGGACAAUCGUACCUGAUCACAAACGACACUGCCGCAAGCAACCCAUGUUGGCUGGGUGAUACUGAUCAGUUGGUCUGGUUGAAGGAGAAGGAGAAUGGCAACACGAGCUUUAUUAUCGGUGACGCGUACAAGGUCGGGGAGACCUAUACCGCAGGCACGGUUCCGGGUCCUGUGUCGGAUCUGAAGCUCACCACGAUCAAGGACGGCAAGAUUGGAUUCGCGGUCUCUGGAAAGGCGAACCCGGAUGGGACGCUGUACAACCCGAAGGAUGCGAAGAAGCCACACAGCACGGGGAGACUAUAUACCUCUCUUUUUGUGCGGCAUUGGGAUUCAUACGUUGAGCCGCAGAAGAAUGCCAUCUGGUAUGGUUUGUUGCAGAGAGCACCGGAUUCUCCAGCCAGUAGGCAAUCUGGGAAAUACUCCGUGUCUGGCCUGACGAACUUGAUAACUAUUUCUGGCUUGACGGGUGUCGAAUCACCCAUCCCGCCCUUUGGUGGUGCUGGAGACUUCGACAUCAGCCCGACCGCCAUCGUGUUUGUCGCGAAGGACCCAGAUCUUAAUCCGGCCACUCACACCUCGUGCAUCCUUUACUAUUGCCCUAUGUUUUCGUGGACAGAUAUCAGCGUCCGGGAGGCCAAGGUUACCAAAGUGACCUCACUGCAGGGUGCCAUGUCGUCUCCCGUUCUCACGAAGGAUGGAGGAUCCAUUGCAUUCUUGGCUAUGAGAGAGGAUGGUUAUGAAUCGGACAAAAACAGGAUCGUCUACGUGCCAAACCCGUGGGAGGGGCGACUAAUCGAAAUCUUCGAGUCUAGGGAUGGAGAGGGUCUCUGGAAUCUCAGCCCCAAUACAAUCUCAUUUUCUUACGACGACGAGUCUUUGCUCAUCCAAGUCGAGGAAACGGGUCGCGGAGUCCUCUAUAGCCUUCCAAUGGAGGACAUUGAGCGUGCUACUCCUGCUGCGCUAACAAAGUUAACGUAUUCUGGAUACGUGACAGACGUUGUGCCUGCGGCGAAGAACUCUCCAGCUCUUUUCAUCACGAGCAACAGCCUUGUCGAGAGCUGUCUCUACACCAUCCUUGACCCGGGCACUCCGGACGAUGUCAAGAUCGUCUCGUCUAGCAGUCAGUCUGGCUUGACACUUGGCCUAUCAAGUAACCAGGUGGACGAAAUUUGGUUCGCGGGAGCCAAUGAUCAUCCUGUCCAUGCGUGGGUGGUCAAGCCGUCUACAUUUGAUCCGAAGAAAAAGUACCCUCUUGCUUAUCUGAUCCACGGAGGCCCGCAAGGAGCAUGGAACGACCAGUGGAGCACGCGCUGGAAUCCGGCUGUCUUCGCGGAGCAGGGUUACGUUGUCAUCACGCCUAACCCAACCGGAAGCACUGGCUAUGGACAGCCCUUCACAGAUGCGAUCCGGGGUUCUUGGGGCGGGCUGCCUUACAUUGAUAUCCAGAAAGGAUUUGAGUACAUCGAGAACAACCUUCCGUACGUCGAUACUGACAGAGCCGUUGCACUCGGUGCAUCUUACGGAGGAUACAUGAUGAACUGGAUCCAAGGACAUUCCCUUGGUCGCAAGUUCAAGGCCCUCGUCACCCACGACGGAGUCUUCAGCAUGACGGGCCAACUUGCGAGUGAGGAACAAUACUUCCCACUCCAUGAUCUAGGAGGACCCUUGUGGAAAGUCCCGGAACAGUGGGAGAGAUGGGACCCGUCUCGUUUCACUCAAUACUGGAAAACGCCACAUCUAAUUAUUCAUAACGAACUGGAUUAUCGAUUGACCAUCUCGGAGGGUUUGGCCGCAUUCAACGUUCUCCAAAUAAAGGGGAUUGAAAGCGCAUUCCUAACCUUCCCCGACGAGAACCACUGGGUGUUGAAGCCGGAGAACUCUCUUGUCUGGCACCACACAGUCCUGAAUUGGAUUAAUAAGUAUGUUGGACUGCCCCCAGUGACUGAUGAUGGCAAUUUUGUGUCAAAGCAAAACAGUGCACUUUUCAGCUCGAAUUUUAUGGUCCUUACCGAGGUCAUUCUUGUUCUGCCAUCUCAAUCGAACUUGCAGGUCAUGGUUGUCAACAAUCAGUCUGACAAACCACUUGAGAAGGUGUUCGCUCUCUUCCUCUGCGAGACCGUUGAUCCGCUGAGCAUGGUGGCCCACUGCAAAGAUGCUCUUCCAUCCCGUGACGGGGUUUGUGCGGACAACGGGGUGGAUUGCCUUGAGUUCGUCGCCGACGUUCUCUGGAGCACCUCUGGGCGCUGUGUACAGUUCAAAAUCAUUCUCCUGUGCGCUCUGGUUGAAGAGUGGUUGCGCAUAGGUAGCGGUCAAGGACUCUAA